AUGGGUGAACAGUUUUAUGCCUUGGAAAUGGUCAAGGUCCUUGAUCCUAGAACCGUAUAUUUCAGUUCUAGUGUCAUUUCACAAGCUGAUUCUACCCAAAGACAUCAAAAGGGUCUUGAUGUGGUGCUGGGACCAAAAAGCGCAGUUCUAAUUCUUGACGAUACAGAAAGGAGUGAUGAAAGUGAACCUGAUGGAGCGCUUGCAACUAUCCUCAAAGUUCUUCAACAGACCCAUAGCACACUCUUUGAUCCGGAACUCAGUGAUAAUUUUUCUGGAAGAGAUGUGAGGCAGGCUGCAGGGAUACCUGCAAAAGCUGUUAUUGGACAAGCUGUUCUAAUCUUUGAUUUUUUUUAUGGGCUCUUUGAUUUUGAUCAAUUAGAUUCACCUGGAUCAAAAAAUUGCUUUAUUUCUGCUUAUGAUUGUAGCCUCAAAACUAGGUUAAAUGAUGGAGGAGCCAAAUGCCAUAUUCUCUUUUCCAUUUGUCAGUCUGGUUCACGCCAUGUUCAGUCUGGUUCUGAAUCGAUUCGGAGGGAAGUCCAGAAGGGAUGCAAGAUAGUCUUCACUCGGGUUUUUCCUGCCAAAUUCCAGGCUGAUAAUCACCCUCUAUGGAAGAUGGCUGAGCAGUUGGGAGCCUCAUGCUAA